UUACAGACCCCGAGUAAUAAUGGCAACGGAGGGAUCAAUAUCGUGUUUUCAGGUCCAUGAACACUGCGGAGUUUCCCACGGAACUCCGUCGCUGACAGCGCUAGAGGAAAUUCUGCACAGUGGUCAAACCUCCUGCAAUCAUGUUGAUGAGGUAUGGCCCAAUUUGUUUCUUGGAGACAUGUUUAUGUCCCAUGACAGAUAUGGCUUAUGGAAGCUGGGGAUUACCCAUGUUUUGAAUGCAGCUCAUGGUAAAACUUGCUGUAAGGGGAGCGACGAUUUUUACGGCACGACCGUAAGCUACCACGGAGUGCCCGCCAAUGACCUGCCAACAUUCGACCUGUCACCUUACUUCUUUCCUGCCGCAGAGUACAUUCAUACAGCCCUGACUACUCCAGGAGGCAGGGUGUUUGUGCACUGCGCGGUCGGCGUGAGCCGGUCGGCGGCUCUGGUGCUGGCUUACCUGAUGAUACAUCACGGCCUCUCCCUGGCGGACGCCAUCCAGAAAGUCAAGGAAGCCCGGUGGAUUUUCCCAAACAGAGGAUUUCUCAAACAGCUGAGGGCCCUGGACAUGAGUUUACGCGGAGAGGGAAUGACAGAAACUGAUGAUGGACAAAUGACGUGAAAAAUCAUAGCGGAGGGUCAUUAUCAUAGGAAGUUUAACAUCUUUUUUCCCCACAGUAUUACUGAUAAGCUCUAGCAAAUAACAGUUGUACCCUUUGCCCUGUUUGCAUUUGGCCAUAUCUAAUAAGAUAUAGCACCUCAAGGACAAGGUAUGCAGGUUUUCUCUUAGAAUUCUAAAAGCAUUCUUUAAUCUGGGUGGAGAGGUUAAGGUCAGAUAUUUAACACUGACACAGGGGUAGUACCUGAAAAGGAACUGAAGGCUACAAGAGAUGGAGAACUGAGAUGAGAACAGAAUACUGUUCUAUACUGCACAUACUGUAUACAUUUCAUGUAUAGAUAUUCAGAAUUUAGAUGUGUGUGAACUUGAAGAAACAUAAUAAGCAUCGUAUGUCAUCUUAUUGCAAGGGUAUAAUAAAAGAAUGAACGUAAAUGUUUUGAGCACAAAACUGCAUAAUGGGGAACAAGAAGACAUUUAUCUAUUACGCCUACUAUAGUCAUAAUCAUAAAUAUAAGUGGAGAGAUGCCAUUGGGAGAAAUAUUUGAAAUGAAAUUAAAGUAUGACACACAUACGAAGCUUGUACAUAAUCCAGAGCUUUCUGUUAUGCAGUCAGAGUAAACUACAUAUUGCAGUUUAGAAUAAUUUGAACCCAGUGUAAAACUAAGAACAUGAAAUCUAGAAUGUUUUUAAAAAUAUAUAUAUCGGUCAAUGAUUGGUCAUUAUUUUUGUAUAACGACUGCCAUUUCACAUCUGAUUACCUACCUUGGCACUCUACGUAUUCACAUAGUACAGUCAGAAUGUACAGUCAGUUGCGUAGCACCGUACUGGAUCGCUCUAACAUGCCGUCCUUCUACCUAGCAGGAUACAUUCCACAGAAUUUCACAGCAGUCCAUGUAUGUGGCCCCCCAGCUGAGGCCCCCCCCUAUAUAUAGCAGCUACAGAGCUGCUUUGUCCUCUUCCCUGUGCGUUCCAUAGAGGUUGAGAUUUAAGUGAAUCACUGUCAAACAGCUCUUUGUACAGACACGAGUAUACUAGCUAUCUAUUCAGCUGGGUAAAGCUACAUUACA